AUGGGCUUCUUGCAUCCUUUCUUGGUUUUUGUCCUAUUUAACUCUCAAGAGACAGCUGCCUAUGGCUUCCAGAACUGUAUCCAGUUCACGUGGAACCCAGAACAUUUUAAGUGCAUGCAUCGCUUCUUGACCUCCAUCUCAAGUGCGGUGGCUGACCUCCCCAGCAAUACUACAGUGGUCAACGCAUCCCAGAAUUACAUUGAAUCCUUGCCUCAUAGAAGCUUCUGGCAUCUCCCAAAGCUGCAGAUUCUGCAACUGAGUAACAACAAAAUUAAUGAGAUAGAAGAUGGAGCAUUUGAAAAUCUCACAGCUUUGGAGAUACUCAAUCUCUCCUCCAAUUGUCUCAUAGACCUGUCCAGAGACGCAUUCUGGGGCUUGACCAAUCUCACUCAGCUCCUCUUGUACCAUAAUCAGUUGAGCACAAUCCAUCAUGAUACAUUUAGUACAUUACAAAACCUUCAACAGUUGCAUCUCCAGUUCAACAAAUUGGGGAGCUUUGAAGAGGUAGUUCAGAACUUACAGAGGCUGAAAAGAGUGGAAUAUCUGAAUCUGUGCAACAAUAGUCUGACCUCCCUGAAGUCUGGGUUCUGGCUUCCUGCUUCCUUGAAUACUCUCCUGCUUUGCAACAAUUUCCUGUGCAGAGUGGAUGGGAAAGGGUCAGAGUUCCUGAGGAAUGUGAAACAACUGGACCUUUCUUACAACAACAUCUCAAAUGCCUCUUCCUUAGCUACAAUCAGCCUCCAGAACCUCAGCAGUCUGAUUCUGAUGGGGAAUGGCAUCGAUGUUCUCCAGCUCUUGAACAUUUCCGACCUGAGGCCUCACAAGCUGGACUACUCCGGGCUGCGCUUAAACUACUCCUCACAGUUGAUCAAGGUGUGCCAGUACCUCAGGAAAGACAAUUCUUCAUUGCAUCUGCAUCUGAAGAACAAUGGCCUUCGGAACUUGACUAAUAACAUCUUUUCGGAAUGCCCUCCCAUCCAGCUUCUGGACCUUUCAAGGAACCAUCUCAAGACAGUUGGAUGUGUGCAAGAAUGGUUUAAUGUGACAGAAUACAACCAGCUGAAAACCCUGUUCGUGGAGCACAACUUGUUGAACAGAUUAAGAUCUUGCGAUGGCAGUCAUGCCUUAAAAGAGCUGAGGACCAUCUCCUUCCGCUACAAUCGCAUCCUCUCGGUCAGUAGAUCGGCUUUUCGCUAUGCCCCAUAUCUGGACACACUCCAUCUCAAUAUCAAUUCCAUUGCUUAUCUAGACAAACUAGCGUUGUCGGGUUUGAAACAACUCAGGGAGUUGCGCUUAGAUAACAACCUCCUAACUGAUCUCUACUCUCUCAGCUUUGCUGAUUUGUUCAACCUUGAGACGCUCAACCUCCGGAAUAACCAUAUCUCUGUGCUCUUCUUUGGCACCUUCCAAAACCUUAUGAAGCUCCGUAUCUUAGACCUGGGGGGGAACAACAUUAAAAGACUGACCAGAGUGUCAUUUGUAGGACUGAGGAAUCUCUCCAAUCUCUAUCUGGAUGGCAAUCAUAUUCAAAACAUUAAGCAGUGCUAUUUCCAGCCAGUGCAGAGUACUCUCAAAGUGCUAGACCUGAUGGGGAAUAGGAUAUCCUACAUUAGCAGGAAGCGACACGGCCAGCCUCCCUUCUUUUACCUGAAAAAGGUCUAUGAUCUGAAGCUGCAAGCUCAGCAACCCUAUGGUCUGAAAAUCAUCCCACCGAAGUUCUUCAGUGGUCUGACUUCCUUGCGCAACCUCUUCCUGUCAGGCAACAAGAUCCUCUCCAUCUCACCAGAUGUCUUUGAUGAUCUAGGACGCCUGGAAUAUCUAAGCUUGGCUGACAGCAGUAAUGGCAUGGGGAACCUUCCACCUGGUAUAUUCAAGAAUCUUAAAAACCUGAUUAGUCUCAACCUAGAGAAUGCUGGCCUCCGCACACUGACCCUGGAAGUCUUUGGUAACCUUAGUAGACUGCACUAUCUACAACUAGGUAAAAAUGAGUUACAGACCAUCAACAGAACCGUGAUGGAAAGGCUGACUUCACUGAGACAUACUGACCUACGCAAGUGUCCCUUGGCUUGCACGUGUGAUAACAUUUGGUUCCGGCAGUGGCUGAACAACAGCCAAGUACAGGUGGUUUACUUGUACAACUACACCUGCAAUUCUGGGCAGCACUCUAGUUAUGUCUAUAGUUUUGACAUCCAUGUCUGUUUCCAAGACAUGGGGUUGUACCUGUUCGCCUUCAUCUUCCCUGCUUUGUUGCUCAACAUGCUGCUCCCCUUCCUCUAUGAGCGUACCUACUGGCAAGUGAAAUAUCACAUCUACAUCCUCCGUGCUUGGGUCAACGAUCAUUGGAGGCGGGGAGAUAGUGAGCGUUACAAAUUUGAUGCCUUUGUCUCCUACAAUUCCACCGAUGAGGGCUGGGUGCUAGAUCAGCUGGUGCCCAGCCUAGAGAAAGGGGAAGGCCCCAUCUUCCGGCUUUGCCUCCACCACCGGGACUUUCAGCCAGGCAGGUAUAUCAUAGACAACAUCGUCAACAGCAUCCACAACAGCCGACACACUAUCUGCGUCAUCAGCCGGAGUUACCUGCAGAGUGAAUGGUGCUCAAUGGAGAUCCAGUUGGCCAGUUAUCGACUCUUUGAUGAACUGAAGGAUGUCCUUAUCCCUGUUUUCUUGGAGACUAUUCCUGAGCGGGAGCUCUCAGCCUAUCACCGAAUGCGGAAGGUGAUGUUGAAAAAGACGUAUAUCAGCUGGCCGCCAGAUCCUGAGGCUCAGAAGCUGUUCUGGGCUAAACUGAGGGUGGCUUUGAAGGGUGGCCACUCAGAUGAGGAGAAAACAUACUGGUUUGACAAAGGCGGCAAACCACUUUUGGAAUCAACCUCUGAGAUGGAUUAGGAUGAUCUUUGCUCCAAGUAAUUAGCAUAUUAGGCAGAGUUCCAGAUUCGAGUCCUGUUAAAAGUGCUGUAUGAGCUUUUCAUUUGUUUGUAAUGCUAAUUCAUUUUUUUGACUAGCAAAAGAUCCUUUGAUGAGAUGUGGUCUGUGUGCAGCUGUGUGUGGAGGAAGGCCUUGUAUUGUAUAUUAUGAGGCACUUUGGAGAAUGCAGUAUGUGUGUUUUGCAUACAGAGGCAUCGGUGACCCCGUCCCCCCUUACAAAAUCCCUGUCAGUGAGGGCUGAGCCACCAAUGUCAGGGUUGAAGGGCAGGUUUUACUUUCACUGCAGCAGUGGCCUGAUUGACACAUGCAGGAAAAUGAGAUGGAAGAAUGGG